UCGAAAUUCAAAAUAAUGUUAAACUCAAGCAUGAGACCCCGCAGAUAAGAAAGAGGCAUCUCGAGUUAUAAAGUUUUGUAAGUUAGAUUGAAGUGACCACGUGUGACCCGACCAGAUGGGCCCUCACUGCCUCGUAGGACUCGUAAUAUUCAUCCUUGCUUCCACCGAGCUACAAGUCACCGGAGCUGCCCUUAAACCAGACCAGAUGAAGGAGGUGUGGGUGGUGGCGGGCGAGAGGGCUGAACUGCCGUGCGCUCCCUCACCGAAGCUCUCCCUCGAUAAGCCGGUCCUUGUGCUGUGGUACCGAUCCAGCGAGACCCUUCCGGUCUACAGCUACGACGCGCGGGCCGGUGAGUUCUCUUCGGGCUCACGGUGGGCGGACGAGAGCGCCCUGGGCGGGCGUGCAGACUUCAACGUGUUGUCGGAGACGCCCACGCUCGUGCUGGAGCCCGCCCAGCCGCGCGACGAGGGCGUCUAUACCUGCAGGGUCGACUACCGGCUCUCCGUCUCCACCAAGACGGUUGUCAACCUCACCGUCGUUACACCGGAGUUGGAAAUUCGUCAGAUGUUAGCUGAUACCGGCUGUAAUCAGCGGGAUGACGAGGAGGCUCGUCACGAGAGGCGGAGCGUCGCGUCCCGACACGCCCGCUUAACUCCCGGGGAUCCAGACAAUCACACGCAGGAAACGCUCCAGUGCCAGAUACGUAAUAAUCCGGCCUAA